AUGGCCAAGGGUCAUGAUGGCAGGAGUAAUCAGAGGUGUUCUUGUGUUGUGAUAAGGGUGGAGAGGUUAAAGGAGCCACUUAUUAGUAAUGUUGAUAGUAGAAUGAUGGCUAGGGUGACUUCAUAUGAGAUUGUUUGGGCUACUGCUCGCAGUGCGCCGAUCAGGGCGUAG